CCCCGGUACCUGGUACAUGCCUUGGAGAUCCGUUAUGCCCCCUUGCACCUGAAGCCAUGCGGUGAACUCAUCCCUGCCGCUGCUCUUUCGACACAGUACUCGCUCGUGUACGUGUGUACUUCCCGUCCCACCUUGUGUUGCUGCUGCUGCGGUAUUUCCCAAGGGGGUCGCCCUUGAUUGCUCCACCGACUCGCACGCCCUCAUCCUCUACCGGUGUUUAUCUUUACCCGCCUCCCUUCCCCUACUCCGCCCACAAUGGAGCAGCCGGAAAUGUCCCAGCCUGCUGCCCAUCAUCACGAUGAUAGUCACCUCGUGACAGCUUAUUUUCCGAACUCAACAUCCACCGUUCCUCCUGCAGCACAUCAUCCCCCGCAAUUACCGCCACUGGCAUCCCCCCAGAAGGACUCCUCUCCGUCCGAACUCAGCUAUCUUGACGGCCGUCUCAACUCCUCUCACUCCGAAUCGCAUUUCCAGCCACCUCACCAUCAUUCCCGCCGGCAGCAUCGUCUGUCACAUCCGUCUCAGGAUCCCGGGGAGCACAUCUAUGCUGAAUCUGGCCAAGCAUCCGUUCCCCCGGAGACAUCGGUUUCUUCGCCUUAUCUCGAGAACGGCUCCAUAUUGACCCGAGCCUCAAUCACGAGCGAGGCCGUGCGCAAAGAAGGGCGUGUUCGCGGGAGUUGGACGGAUCAUUCUUCGUACAUGUCGGGCGAUAACCACCCCAAUGGCGCAUCCCGCGUGCAUAAACGAGCGGUUCAUGACGAUGACAUUUCCCCGGAGCCUGCGGAGCCGGACGCUCUAUUGAUGUUUCGACUCUCCGUCCCCGUCCCCGUAUUCUCCUUCUGUGCAGCAUUCUACACCAUCUUUGGUCUCAUCUUCGUCCUCCUUGUGUCGCCGCUUCGGAUAUGUUCCUGCAUACCAUACUUUCGGACCACGUCCUUCCGAGCACAGCUUUGUGAUCUGCUGGUGCCCCAGCUGCAUAUCCAUGAACGAUUGGUCUGUUUGCGACAGUCCUCGAGUAGAUCUUCAUCGACUCAGCCAAUCUAUGACCCGGAGGGAUCAUUUAUCGCCGAGUCCAUCGACUCCUAUUCCAUCGCUGGACUGCUCAUGGUGCUGCUGUUAUCGCCGUUUCUCUCCAUAGCCGUAUUUCUCCUUGCCUGGAUUGCAGCCUUUUUCUGGAUCUUUGCCAUGAUGUUAGGCAACCCAGACGGCACCGAGCGCAAAGAUGAUGGCCGCGCAGCUGUCCUUGGAGUCUGCCGGUGGUGGCAGAUAUGGCUUGGCAAGGCCCGUAAGUCGCUCGCUUAGGUCUGUUAUUCAUCCGUGGUUUUGAUGCCGGCAUGAUACCAACGUUUGGGAUAUGUGGAAUGACCUCCUGAGGCGUCCUUUGCUUUUUCUUUCGUUUCACUUUUUUUUUUUUCUUUUUCUUUUUUUCUUCGGCCUUCUUUAUCCAGUCACCGGGCUGGUUUUCGAGGAUUCCUUCGGAGUUGAGAUAUUGGUCGCCGGCGCGGGGAGUUUGC